AUGGAAUCUUUUAGUGACAUUAUUGAACUUCAAUCAGAGCUUGCCAGUAUAUAUCCUUCUGAUCACAUUUUUAAUGAAAGAGAAUGUCGUGCUUGGAAAGCAUUAAUAAAAGCUGCAGGAGACACAAAUAUAACACCAUUUGAUAAGAAGGAAUCAAUGUGUGAAUUCUGGACAAAAAAUUCUAAUCCUUCAUAUGAUAAAGCAACAUUACUUAUGCUUUAUAAUAAAGGAUUCCUUUCUCCUACUCCUAAUGAGCCAACAUGUGAUCUAUUAAUAUGUAAUAAUGCUCAACGUUUAUCUAAAAGUAUGGCUGAUGCUAUGGAUGCAAAUAAAAAAGGACUAGAUGGAAAAUGUAGAAUAUUAUCAAUUGUAGCAGAUAAUUUCACUUCAGAAGAAUUGAACAAAUUAAAGGCCAAUUUUAUUCAUAGGAUUGAGUUGCUAAGAAGACAUAUGAAACUAAAUUAUGAAAAAGAAAUCAAAAUUGAAACAGAUGGUCAACCUCACCAUGAUCCUUGCAUUUCACAUUGUCUUUUAUAUGCUUUUGGUAUCUGUGAAGAAAAUCAUGCAAAUACUUGUCAAAACUGUGAUGAAUUCUGGAUCCUAUUUGAAAAUCUACAAGAUACCAUUGGUAAAUCAUCUAAUGGCAAUUUUUAUUUGAAUUAUUAA